UAAGGUCAGAUGGCGGCAAAAGUGACGGUUUACUAGUUUACUACAGUCUACAGUAGAUGAACCUUCUUCAUUUCCGAAAUCGAAAAAAUUAGCCAAAACCCUAGAAAAAGCUCAAAAACCUUUGAUUUCCCACCCUAAUCUUCCCAGUAGGAGAGAAAAAUGCGGUGGCGGAUGGAAAAUUGGUCGCAUCUCGCCGAAGACGAAGAACUACUUGCCGAAAUCGUGGAUCACAUCGACUGCCAAUUAAACCUCUGCAAAUUCCGAUCAGUGUGCAGGAGUUGGCGUUCUUCUUGCCGCAUUACAUCCCACCUCUUAUUUCCCACUCUCCCUCUUCAAAUCCCAACUUGUGAUUACCGGUCCAGAUCAUUAUUGGGUUGUGAAAAUCGUCUUAAGUUCUUGGUUGGCAGCGUUGUUUAUCUAAUUCAACCUCUCAAUCAAAUACCCGAAAAUCCCCCAAAAUUCUGGGUUGUUUGUCUUGAAGAAUUAAACCCAGGUUUGUUAAAAUUUCGUCACCCUCUUACUAAAACCCCUAUUGAAAAUCUUCCAAAGGAAAUUCCCAAAUCGUUGAACUCGUUGCAUUUUCGUGUUUCGCUUAUUGGGAAGGGUUUUAAAUUUUGCUUCUCAAAUGGCAAUGAGGAUCUUCUUGAUAACAGGCAUUUUGAUCAGGGGUUUCGUAAUUGGAGUAAUUUUCCCACUAAAACUAAAGUGGUUUUGUUUAAUGAGAGUGAAUUGUCGGGUAUUUAUGAUUAUUCAUUUGUGGUAUUGAUGCUUGAUCUCGGGGGAGUAUUGGGUGUUAUAAGACUAGGAGAGUGGCGUUACAUGAGUAAUAACAAUGGUGUUCAUUUCGACGACAUUGUAAAUUUCAAGGGGAAAGUUUGUGCUAUGGAUCGUAAAGGAGUAGUUUAUGUUAUUGAUGGCCGUGAAUCGAGGGUGAUGACCGCCAUAACCCAGCCUGUUUGUGCCGGUGAUGCUAGUGAUAGGCGUAAGCUAUUGGUGGAAUCUAAUGGGAAGUUGUACAUGAUUGUUAGAGAGUGUUACAAGUUCCGGGUUUAUAAGUUGAAUGAAAGACAGCAAAAGUGGGAUGAGGUAAAUAGUUUGGAAGAUAGAAUUUUAUUUGUGACUUUGAUGGGUGCUAUUUUGUGGAAGCAAGUGAUUUUGUAG